UUGCUCUCGUGACGCGAUAAGGACGCGGCGGAAGCGGCCUGCUCCGCAGUCAAGAGGCGCCGGGGGCUUCAAUGAAUGAGAAGGGAAUUAAAGGUUCUUUUGAGAAGAAAUUCGACGGCAUCGUAGAAGAAAACGGUAUAUCAUAGUGUGCUUGAUUUCCGUUUUCAUUCUAGAGGCAGGGUUCUGAUUUCCAUAUCUGCUCUUCAAUCUGCUUUCACCAGUGGCUAAUGCAGUUAUAGGGCAACUAGAAUUGGACAUUUUGCAGCUGUUGGUGCAGAUAUUGGGUCUGGAGUGUGUUGAAAACAAUGCGAGACAGUGGUACAGCAUUGGUACGAAAUCGCUGGAAGCCUGAUGUACCUCAAGGCCUGAGUUUUCAGUUUCAGGAAGAAGGAACAGAGGGACUUGAGAGUAUCAAGGCCUAUGUGCAUCUAAAUGAGUCCCCUAGUAACAUGCAGCAUUUCAAACAUAUGAAUCAGGGGGCUGUUGGGAGACGAGAUAAACUGAGGCAUAGGGUCAGGCCUUUGUGGUCCUCACCAUUGGUAAAAAAAGUACCUUCUAGUAAAAUGACUCAAUUUCUAGAAAGUGUGCGUGAAAAUGAGGAGGAAGUUGAGGAUGGAGAAGUCUUGGAGACGGUAGAAGAAACGGGGGAAGAUGAAGGAAAUGAAAGCUGGGACACUGUUGCCAGCACUGACUGGGGAUUUCAAGAUCAUUGUUCUCCACAAGCUCUACCAAAGUACAAAUCGUAUCAUUCUCCAUCAUCAUUAAACGGCCUCCCUUUAUUUCGAAGGGCAAAAAAAAUUAAACGACUGAAAAAGAGGAGAAGGGGAUUUAACAUGCUCCUUUACCCUUGGACCUCUUUUUUAUUUCCUUUUCGCAGGUGGGGCAGAUUGGCACUAAAGAGUGGAUCUUUCAUCAGUAGACGGAACAAAAGAUUUCGGUCAUUUGGUAGUCUGUCUCCCAUGUCCCUUUCAGAGAUGCCAGGGGAAAUCGGUGCUGUUACCAAAAGGCAGCAUCUUGAUACUCUUGAAGAAACAGAAAUGGAGGAAGAGGAUGAUGCAGGUGGCAGUUGUGACUCUCAGUCUUUCUCUGAGCUGUUAAAUGGUUCAACUUCGGAUCAGCAUCUGCUUGGCUCUCUCCAUCCUGCUGGCUCAGAGAUUGCAGUCUAUUCACACUCUGUAGAGCUUCAGCAAGGGAGCACCACGAUAGGUGAGAGAGUUGAUACCACAGACAUACCCAAUAGUGAGAUGGUUGCUCCUGCAAAUGCAACAGAUUCCCUUUCAUGUGGUGUAAAUGGUUUCCUGGUGCCUGAUUCAUCUAAUAUGCAAGUCAGUGGUAUGUUCAAUGAUAGUUCAAUGCAGUUGCAAGAAUCGACACAAAGUCAGGCACCUGGUAGUAUGGUCAGCAAAGAAAAAUCGAAUGCUAACCUACAAGCUUCACUUUCUGAAGAGCACAUCUCCUGUAUUCAAGGUAUGCUAGAUGAGAUGAUGCAACGUUAUGGGAGUCUGAUACCCAUCCAUGUGGAUGAAAUAGUAGAUAGACUUCAGGAGAUUUUCCAGGACAACUUCAGCAGCCAAGCCAGAAAAACAGUUGUGCACCACUUAAUCCAGUCUUACCAGCGAUUACCAGGUAAUGCUAUGCUGCGUGGGUUUCGGGUGAACUAUAAAAGACAUGUCCUCACCAUGGAUGACCUAAGCACAUUAUAUGGCCAGAACUGGCUCAAUGAUCAGGUUAUGAACAUGUAUGGUGAUCUGGUGAUGGAUGCAGUACCAGAAAAGGUUCACUUUUUUAAUAGCUUUUUUUAUGACAAAUUACGAACUAAAGGCUAUGAUGGAGUGAAGAGAUGGACAAAAAACGUGGACAUAUUUAAAAAAGAGCUGCUGUUGAUACCCAUUCACCUGGAGGUGCAUUGGUCUCUAGUCUCUGUGGAUGUUACAAAAAGGAGCAUUACCUAUUUUGACUCUCAGCGGACUCUGAAUAGACGGUGUCCAAAGCACAUUGCCAAGUAUCUACAGGCUGAAGCUGUCAAGAAAGACAAGAUAGAAUUCUUUGAUGGGUGGAAGGGUUACUUUAAAAUGAAUGUUGCUAGACAAAACAACGACAGUGAUUGUGGAGCAUUUGUUUUGCAGUACUGCAAGUGUCUAGCAUUGGCCCAGCCAUUCAGCUUCACCCAGCAAGACAUGCCCAAACUACGAAGACAGAUCUACAAAGAACUGUGUCAUUGUAAAUUAACGCUGUGAACAACAAUGCAGCUUCUUACCAACACCUGCAGCCUGAGGCAAAGUUUAAAAAUUUUUUUUUUUUGUUUAUUUCUGUCACACUGUACUGGUUUUUUU